CCCCGCCUGAGUCGCCGCCAGCCCGGCUCCCUGCAGCACCACCAUGGACGUUGCCAUCCAGCACCCCUGGUUUAGACGCACGCUGGGCCCCUUCUACCCCAGCCGGCUGUUCGACCAGUUUUUCGGCGAGGGCCUUUUUGAGUACGACCUGCUGCCCUUCCUGUCGUCCAGCAUCAGCCCCCACUACCGCCAGUCCCUCUUCCGCACCGUGCUGGACUCCGGCAUCUCCGCGGUCCGAUCUGACCGUGACAAGUUUGUCAUUUUGCUGGACGUGAAGCACUUCUCUCCAGAGGACCUGACGGUGAAGGUGCUGGAGGACUUCGUGGAAAUCCAUGGCAAGCAUAACGAGAGGCAGGACGACCACGGCUACAUCUCCCGUGAGUUUCAUCGCCGCUACCGCCUGCCUUCCAACGUGGACCAGUCGGCACUCUCCUGCUCCCUGUCUGCCGACGGCAUGCUGACCUUCUCUGGCCCCAAGGUCCCGUCCGGUGUGGAUACCGGCCACAGCGAGCGAGACAUCCCCGUGUCUCGGGAGGAGAAGCCCAGCUCUGCACCCUUGUCCUAAGCUCAGCCCCAGCCUUGGCUGCCACCCGCUGCUGCCCCUACAACCUAUCCAUGGGGGGCCCUAGAAAGUGGGCCAUUUGUCUCCCUUUGCUUUCUGCUUUUUCAUUUCCGUUUCUUCUUCUCCGAGGGAGUGAGGGUUGAGAGAGUAGCCUGGAGGGCUCGGGACCUCGGCCUGAGGUGCUGCAACCUCAGAGUGACCCGAACCCCAACACCAGCCAGCUGGUGGGAGUGACAGCCACCCUGGCUUCUUGAGACAACAGUCUCAUGCUCCCGGGGGAUGCAGGCUGGUCUUAGCUGACUGUGAAGUCAGAAGAACACACCU